GAAAGGAAUUGGAUUCAAUGGCCCAAAGGGUCUCUUCAAACCCUCUUUUUAUUAUUAUUGCUGUUGUUAUUAUUAUUAUUAUUAAUUAUUGUUCGGUGGCCAACUAUAGUCCGGCCCUCCAAUGGUCCAAAGGAUCGUCAACUGGCUCCCUGUUUAAAAAGUUUGGGGACCCCUGGUCUAGAUCAUAUCUUUCCUAUAUAGAAAUUGACUUUUUAAGAAACACUUAGAAACUUUUAAAGUAAACUCUGCAUCUCAUGUUUCUUUAAGCUCCAGAAUCCUUUCCCUCGGUGCAAUUGCCAGUUUACCAGCUGUUAGGAAUUGUGAGAGCUGACCUUCAAAACACCUGGAGGAGCACAGUUUGAGAAACUCUGAUUUGGGGAGAAGUGGUCUUUCAGGUAGGCUGGACCUAAGCUGCAUAGGGAUGCAUAGGUUGCAACCAGCCCUUUGAAUGCAUUGUAUCUGGAAAUACACCAGUAGCCAAAGAAGCAUCUUUAAGUAAGGGAGUUACAUGCUUAGAGAACAACUUGUGUAGUGUCCAGGAAGGCAGAGAAAGGGGAAGGGUCUCAUGUCCAGGUUCCCAAAGCCUGAGGCAUUUGAAGAGCUCGGGGGUUGCAGGGCCAAAGGUUGGGCAGAGGCUGUUAACUUUUCAGUGGAGCAGCAUCAGCAGCCAUGGCUUCUGGACACUCUAUGAAGAAGCUGUGCUUGGAACUGUCCUGUCCCAUCUGCUUGGAGUAUUUCAAGGAGCCUUUGAGCCUCUCCUGUGGGCACAAUUUCUGCCAAUCCUGCCUGGAUCAAUGCUGGGAGGGGAAAGAGGCCUCCUGCCCACAAUGCAGGGAGAAAGUGCAGGAAGGGGACAUCAGGCCAAAUAGGCAGCUGGCCAAAGUGGUGGAGAUAGUUAAGGAACUGGGGAGCCAGAAGGCAGAAGAGAAGGGGAGCAUCUGCCAGAAGCACCAGGAGCCCCUGAAGCUCUUCUGCAAGGACCACGAAACCCCCAUCUGUGUGGUGUGCGACAAGUCGAAGGAGCACAAAAACCACAAAGUGAUCCCUCUGGAUGAAGCAUCAAAGGAGUACAAGGAUCAGAUUUGGAAUUUCCUGGAGACUCUGAAGAAGGAGAGGGAGAAAAUUCCAGUCUACAAAGCAGAUGCAGCACGGGAAAGCCAGGAUUUGCUCAAAAAAACCCAGAGAGAGAAGGAUAAGACUGCGGCUGCCUUCAGACGCAUGCAUCAGUUUCUAGAAGAACAAGAGAGGAAUCUGCUGGCAAAAAUGGAUGAGGUAGAAAAGGAGAUUUCAGCCAAAGGGGAGGAACAUCUGGCCAGACUCUCUGAAGAACUCUCCUCUCUCUCGAAACUCAUCCAAGAGAUGGAGGAGAAGCAUCAGCAGCCGGCAAGUGAACUCCUCCAGGAUAUCAGAAGCUUCUUGCAGGGGUGUAAGAAUAAAGAGAAAUCCAAGACUUCUGCAGCCUUUCCUCCUGCCCUAAAGUGGAAGAUCUGGGAUGUCUGUGAUAUCAAUCCCUUCCUGAAGGGUGUCAUGAAGCAAUUCAGGGCCUCUCUGGAAUCUGGGCUUCAGCAGCAAAAAGCACAUGUGACUCUGGAUCCAGACACAGCCCAUCCUCAGCUCAUCCUCUCUGAAGAUCUCAGACGUGUGAUCUAUGGAGAGAAAGAGCAAGAUCUUCCUGACAAUCCUGAGAGAUUCUGUGACUAUGCUUAUGUGCUGGGCCAGGAUGGAUUCACAGAAGGCAGGCAUUUCUGGGAAGUCCUUGUGGGGAGUGAGGAAGGAUGGUCUGUGGGAAUUGCAAGAAAGUCUGUGGAGAGAAAGGACCCAGACUUUGGCCCUAACGCUGGGAUCUGGGAAGUGGGAAAGUUGGACAGUACAUACAGUUUCUCCGCCGACAACAAUGUGUGCCCAUAUCUUAUGCUGAGCAAGGAGCCCAAGAGAGUCCGAGUGACUCUGAACUAUGAAGGAGGUCGGGUGGCCUUUUACGAUGCAGACUCAGCAGCCCUGAUCUAUAAAUACCCUCCAGCUUCUUUCUCAGGAGAGAUCCUCCUCCCGUUCUUUUAUGUGUAUGGAAAAGCCCAACUGGAGCUCUCCCUGUAAGGAUGGAGAGCAAUGCCCAAAGACUCACACCAUCCGAGACACAAGAGGAGCUUUAUCUCCAGAGGUGUGGAGUUGUUGAUUCUUGUUGCUCUUUUUCUGGAACCUCUCUGCUCUCUCUUUACACAUUUGCGAAAACCUGGCUGGAGUCUGGAGUGUGAAUGAGGAAGGCAUUCCUCAUGGCAAUGCUCAACUCAUAGAUCGGCCGGGGACUACUUCCUCCCAUUUGGAAAGCCCAGUUACAGCAGGAACAACGAUGAGGGAAUAAAAGACCUCAAUCAGUUUUUAGUCAAGAAUUCCAUUUAUUGGAAUUCAGUUAUAAAUCUAUUUGCCCCUCCUUUUCUUGGCUUUUCCCAGCGAAGAAAGGGGGUUAAAGAAAGUUAAAGUUAAACAAAGGGAGUGAUAAAGUGCGGCCUUGCUUCAUCCCCUUGCCAAUGGGAAACAAUUCUUUUUCUGUCGCCGAUCUUCAAGUGGGCCCUUGUCCUGAGUAGAAGUUACACAUCAGGAAAAUCGAAUGUCAUGGUGCACCUAUUUCUUUAUGUACAGGGCAUCGUUUUUCAUGAUCUGAAUAAUCAAAGACUAUGUUGUAAAUGAUAAAGCACAGAUUGAUUUUUCUCUGAAAUACGUACUUUUCUGCAUUCCAUUAUCCAACAUAUGUUUCAAUAUGAUCCCUUGUGCCUUUUUGUUUUCUGAAAGCAGCUUGGACAUCUGGCAAUUUCACUCUGUAUAUAGUAAAUUACUUGUUUAGGUAAUGUUUGAGUAUCACUUGUUUCAUGCCUGGAAGGUCAGUGCAGUUGUUCUGCUUGUCUGAAAUCUCGGGUCUCCUGGAGUGCCUGAGCUUUGAUUGCUCCACUGAAAACAUGCAAGGAUGAAGGCAGGAUCAGGAAUGGUUUUAUUCUGCAAAGGCCAAAGUGGACGCUAGGGGACAGAGCAAAAUCCCACAUCUGACGUGCCUCCCAGUCACAAGCAUGGGUAUUAUAUAGACAUUGGACAUGUGUUGUGACUGGUGCAAAUAACAAUCCACCAUCUCAUUGGUUCAAAAGAACGUUCAUUUACGGUUUGUAAUAGGUGCAUAGUGUAGAAUAUAAUUACUGUAAAUAAAAAUAAAUAAAUAAUAGAAUAAACUGGCAUUGGUGAAACUUGAA